GAGUUAUUCAAGCGCUUUUAUAAUCUGGUUGUUAGCUGGGGAAAAGUCAGGUUGAUUCCAGUGCAAGUUAGAGCUGUGUAGCCAUUUGUAGCUUCAGAUGUUUUCAAAAGUGAGAACAUGUUUGACUUCGGGUUUAGCCAGAUUGCCCAGUUGUGUAAAUUCAAGAGUAACAUCUGUGCUCUGCAAACAUCAGCAUCGCACCUUCAGUUCUGAGUCUGCUGGUGUCAGGGUUCUGUAUGAUGGGCUUUGUCCAAUAUGUGUGACUGAGAUCCGUUUCCUCCAGUUUCUGCAGAGAAACCGGCCUGAGAAAGUACAUUUCAUUGAUAUCGCUCUGCCAGGUUAUGAUGGAACAAAAUACAAGGAUAUCACCUAUGAGAUGGCCAUGAAGGAAAUGCACGUGAUUGAUAAGAAAGACAAGGUUCACAGCGGAGUCCCAGCAUUUGCAGUCAUGUAUAGCGCCAUAGGCCUCGGCUGGUUGGGUCGCUUUAUGAUGUGGUCACCCAUGAGACCAUUGAUGGUCAAAUCCUAUGACAUCUUUGCCAGGAACCGCUUAAAGUGGACCGGACGUGGAGAGGAGUGCACGACAGGACGCUGUGAAAAGAAAAUACCCUGACGCUCCAGCACUGUUUUAUAAGUACUGUAAAUAUAUGAAGAACUGCAUAAAUAUCAUGCGGAUAAUCCUGUAAAAAAUGGUUAUGUUGGUUAUGUAGUUCACCUAAAGUAAUUUAAAAUAACAACAAUGAUGCAGAGAUAAAAUUACAACUGUAAAAUAGAGCUGAAGAUGAAUGUAUUCAAAGAAAUUUUUCUGAAUGUACAGGUUUCAUUAAAUACAGUUUGAAAAUC